AUGCACACCCAGAGAACGGACGCUUCCACUUCUACAGAUGAUGAUAUAAAGGAGCGUCCGCUCUGCCUGUUCUACUUCACGCACCCGUUCGGCGUGCUGUCUCCGGAGCCGCCCACGGUGGCCGCGGCGCCCGCCCACAUAGCACGCGCCUUCAUCAACAUGCAGCCCGUGUCGCCGUUCCACUUCUGGAGUUCCUCCACCAACGAGUCGUACAACACGGCCACCAGCGUCACCAGCGUCACCAGUGUCUCCACCGUACCCAGCGCCUCCACUUCCAAGCUCAAAUAUGACCUCGGCAAAACCACGGUCCACAAGAACCCGGUUAACCUCGUUAGUGUUGCGAGGACUCGCAAGUGCACGAUCGGUUUCGGACCUGGACGAGAUGCGGUGUCGUCCUCAUUAUUUUCCAGUGACAUUUGGAUUAGCUCGAGUUCAAGUUCAAAGAGUUACGAAUACACUCGGCGCAUUAUACCGUACCAUAGAAUCCUGCCGCCGUUGCAGCUGCCGCCCCCGAGGGACGCGUCCUCGUGGGACAGUUCCGACGACAACCUGUGGCCCGUCAAGUGUGUGAACCGUGAAAAGUUUUCCUUGCCCCCAAUAGAACUGCCAGUGUCCGGUGGCAGCGAGGACGUGCAGACUAAUGACGUGCGGGUGGUAGAUUUUGUGCCUACUGUGGACGGCGACAGUGUCAGUGAGCGAGUGCGGUGCGGGAGGAGGCUGGGCGUGAAAAAACACAAGAAGCGGGUACAACUGAGCGGCGUGCGGCGGAUGGUCACCUGCCUGAUGCGGAGAACUGUCAGAGGUGGUAGCGGCGAGUGUUCUCCGGCGCUGCUGGACGCGCUUGCCAUCAUCAGAGACGCGUGGCCGGAGCCGCGCUCACUGCUGCAUCGCUGCUUUGGCAGCGUGUCGCACACGUCCGGAGCGCGGCGACAGUUGAAGGCCGGCGAGGGCGAGGGCGAGCCGAGCGGGCGCGGC